GAUGGAGGCCAUCAUGUCCUAAUCAGAGUAGGUAACGAUGAAAUCCCUAUGGACAACCGAUGGGUAGUACCUUACUCGCCUGUAUUGUCCCGAACAUUUCUAACACAUGUUAACGUUGAGUACUGUAGCAGUGUAAAAUCUAUAAAGUACAUCUGCAAGUACAUAAACAAGGGCAGUGACCAGGCCACAUUUGCAGUAAGUAAUGACACAGACGAAAUUAAAAUGUACCAAAGUGGUCGGUAUAUAUGCACAUCUGAGGCGGUAUGGAGAAUUUUAUCAUUUCCUAUACAUGAGAGGUUUCCCGCUGUGUUGCAUUUAGAGGUCCACCUUCCAAAUGAGCAAAGAGUAUAUUUCCAGCCAGGCAAUGUUCGGGAAAGAAUGGACCAAAGUACAACUCUUUUGGCCUUCUUCAAUCUCUGCCAGACGGACGCCUUUUCAAGAACCCUCCUCUACAACGAGUUGCCCUAUUAUUACACAUACUCUAAACAAAGAGGUUGGUCCAGGAGGCGGAGAGGACAACCAGUACCAGGACAUCCUGACGUGAGACAAGAUCCGUGCAUCGGUAGGGUGUACACUGUCCAUCCAAGCUGCAGUGAGCGUUACCAUCUCCGACUCCUCCUACACACUGUUCGAGGUCCAACAUCUUUUGAGGAUCUCAAGACUGUUGAUGGUGUGCUCCAUCCAAAUUUCCAAUCCGCAUGCCGUGCCCUUGGUUUACUAGAGGAUGAUGCGUGCUGGGAGGGCACUCUUGCAGAAGCUGCUGUUUCUGACAGUCCCACCAAGUUGAGGGAUCUCUUCAGUGUCUUAUUAGUAUUUUGCAAUGUGAGCAACCCUCUUGAGCUCUGGAUCAGAUUCAGAGAUUCCCUCUCAGAGGACUUUUUGAGAUCUGCACAUCAAGUCGACAUUAACACCACCUUUGAAAACAAUCCUAUCAUAUAUGACCAGUGCCUAGCAAGCAUUCAAGAGACAAUCACUCGCAUGGGAGGACUUGGGCUCGAAAGCUACAACUUACCAGUACCAGCCAUAGAUGUCAAUCAGUUAAACCAUGAUUAUAUCAGAGAGACAAGUUACGACCAUCCCGAACUCAUUAGGUUUAUUGAACAGUGUACGCCAACUCUCAACGAGGAGCAGCGCCAAGUGUAUGAGCAAGUUUUGACGAGCAUAAAUGGACAAAGAAACAAGAUGUUUUUUCUUGAUGCUCCUGGAGGUACUGGAAAGACCUACCUCAUAAAGCUGAUUCUCGCAAAGGUUAGAUCAAACAGUAAGAUUGCUCUUGCUGUGGCCUCUUCUGGCAUUGCAGCAACCCUUCUGCCAGGUGGAAGAACUGCCCAUUCCAUGUUCAAAAUCCCAAUAAAUGUAGAGCAUAUGGACAUCCCGAUUUGUUCUAUAUCGAAGAGCGCUCCCAUGGCACGAGUUCUACAAGCAGCCUCCUUAAUAGUCUGGGACGAGUGUACGAUGUCCAAUAAACUGACAAUCGAGGCCCUCGACAGAACACUCAAAGAUAUGAGGAACAGUAAUAAGAUCAUGGGUGGAGUGACGGUAUUGUUCUCUGGUGACUUCCGCCAAACUCUGCCAGUUGUAGUGAGAGGCACAAGGGCGGAUGAAAUUAACGCCUCUAUGAAAAGAUCUACCCUAUGGCCAAUAAUGAACAAACUGGCGUUAACAAAGAACAUGCGGGCCAAUAUUGGAAAUGAGGUGGAAGAAUUCUCCAAUGUUCUGUUAAAGUUGGGAGAUGGAAAGCUGGGUAACGUUGAUGGAACUAUCGAUAUACCACCUUCUCUUGGUGUUAUUGUUCAAACCCAAGAUGAACUCAUCGAGAAAGUCUAUCCAGGAAUUGAAGACCUCCCAAACAAGAGCAGUGCCUGGUUAUGCAAUAGGGCUAUUCUCACUCCAAAAAAUGAAGUUUCAACAAAGAUAAAUAAGAAAGUGAUGUCCCUAUUCCUAAGCGAGGACAAGACAUAUUUGUCGGUGAACACAGUUCUAAGAAAUGAUGACGCAGUGCACUACCCGGCAGAGUUUCUUGACUCGGUGACAGCACCUGGACUACCCGCCCACGAACUUAAUCUUAAAAUUGGUAUUCCCGUUAUGCUUCUAAGAAAUUUAAACCCUCCUAAAUUAUGCAAUGGGACUCGGCUUCGAAUUCGAAGUCUCCAGCGAAAUGUCAUAGAAGCCGAAAUUCUAACAGGCUGUGGUGCGGGAGAAGUGGUGUUUGUCCCCCGGAUCCCCCUCAUCCCAAGCAACUAUCCCUUUGAGUUUAAGCGCCUGCAAUUUCCCUUAAAUCCAUGUUUUUCCAUGACGAUCAACAAAUCGCAAGGUCAGACACUGUCAACAGCAGGGAUUGAACUAGGUGACGCGCAAUGUUUUUCACACGGACAGCUGUACGUGGCGUGCAGCCGAGUGCGAUCGCCAACCAACCUUUACAUACAUGCCCCAGGCGGUCGAACCACUAAUAUAGUAUAUGAAGAGGCAUUAAGUUAGGCAACCUUUUAAUUUUUUGUGUUUUUUGUUUUUCUUCACUAUUUAAUAUUUAUUUUCAAUGUAUGUCAUUUGUUGUUUUUGAAAUUUUGAUAUUGUAAUUUCGCUGUGACAAAUGUUAAGCGCUUCAACUCUGCUAUCUUUGCCAACUUUGUUAUUUAAAACUUUCGAAUAUUUUUUAAGAUUUAAGUUUUUUAAUGUAUUUUUAUGUACUAAAUUAUGUUAAAAUAAAUUAAUCAUUGUUAUUACAAAAAGUUUGUAACCUUAUUCUUGAAUAAACCCGU